AUGAUUGCAGUACACCACCACCCCACUGGACUGCUUAAGACAGCUAAAAGUGUUGGAUUUCAAUAUCCUACUACAUUAAGAUUAUUCCACAUCGGUUAUGUUCUAGGCGUAAUAUAUGGAUUCUUGUUGGCCUGGCACCUGUUUUAG